GAGAAGGAGAAAGUGAUCAAGAAGACUGAAGAGGAGGAGGAGGAGGAGGCGGAGGAAAAGAGGAAGAAGAAGCAGAAAGAGGACGAGGGGGAGGACGAAGAGCUCCCGCUGGGGGUGGACGAUCUGCUGGCCAGCGGCGACCCCGUCCUCGACCUCAGCUACAAGAAGUUCCGCCGGCUCCCGCGCCAGGUGCUGGGCCUGGCGCACCUGGAGAAGCUCUACAUGUGCGGCAACCGGCUGCGGCGGCUGCCCGAGCGCGUGGCCCAGCUGCAGAGCCUGCGCACGCUGGCGCUGGACUUCAACAAGCUGGAGGACGUGCCGCUGAGCGUGUGCAAGCUGCUCAACCUCACCCGCCUCUACCUGGGCAGCAACCGGCUGGUCAGCCUGCCGCCCGAGCUGCGCAACCUGCAGGCGCUGCGCUGCCUCUGGGUGGAGAGCAACUACUUCCAGCGCUUCCCCAAGCAGCUGUACGACCUGCCCCACCUGCGCUCGCUGCAGAUCGGGGACAACCGCCUGCGCUCGCUGCCCUCCGACCUCUGUCGCAUGGAGGCCCUGCGCGGACUCUGGCUCUAUGGCAACCGCUUUGAGGAGUUCCCACGGGUUCUGCUGCGCAUGGAGGGCCUGGAGAUCCUGGACCUGGACCGGAACAAGAUCAGCGAGUUCCCCAGCCUGACGCACCUGCCCAACCUGCGCCUGUUCUCCUACGACCACAACCCCACGGAGGGGCCCCCCAAAGUGAGCGAGGAGGUGUUCCUGGUGGGGGAGGGAGCGCAGGAGGAGCUGGAGGCCCGUGAGCGACGCAUCGAGAGGCGGAGGCAACGCGAGCUGGACCGCGAGGAGGAGGAGGCCGCCGCUGCUGCCGGGGCAACCGAGGAGCCGGCCAUUCACGGGAUACUCAAGAAUUCAGGCUCCGCCCCCGGAAGCAAAGCAACCAAUGGCGGCUGCGUGCCUAACGGACAUCCAACCACAGAUGGAGGGGGUGUGGAGGGCCGAGAGCAGGAGGAGGGGGUGGGGUUUGGAGAGGGGGAGCUGGAGUACGAGGAGGGGCUAGAGUACGAGAGGGAGGAGUUUAUCUGUGAAGGGGAGGUGUUUGAUUACGAACGGGCGGCACUUGAGUAUGAGAGGGCGGGACUUGAUUAUGAAUAUGAGGAAGAGGAGGAGCCACCACAGAGGCUUUCUUCCUGCACUCUCAGACAGAAGGAGUCCCAGCGCUGCAUGGCUAGCUGGACUCGCGCUUCACUGGAUCCUGUCGUCAUUGCGUCGGCCGCGUGUGAAGGGCCUCAGACGGCCACCGCUCCCACACCAGACGCCAGCUACACGGAACCCCGUCUGGACCGCUUUCGGCUUCGAUACCAGACGGCAGCUACACGGAACCCCGUCCGCACCGCUCCCAUACCAGACGGCAGCUACACGGAACCCCGUCCGCACCGCUCCCAUACCAGACGGCAGCUACACGGAACCCCGUCCGCACCGCUCCCAUACCAGACGGCAGCUACACGGAACCCCGUCCGCACCGCUCCCAUACCAGACGGCAGCUACACGGAACCCCGUCCGCACCGCUCCCAUACCAGACGCCAGCUACACAGAAUGCCGUCCGGACCGCUCCGACACCAGACGCCAGCGAUCUAG